AUGCUUCAGAUUAAGUUGACUCUGAAUAUCACCCGCGAUAAUGAGUCGAAUAAUCUCAACAAUCUCCCGACAGUGUCGGAUGAUGAGAUUUUACAGGCACUUUCCUACGUGUGCAAAGUCCAAUCAUCGCUCUCUCGCGAUAAGAUCGUCAACCUGUACGAACAAACCGGAAAGAUAACCGACUGUCUCGUCAACUAUGAUAUCAAGGACGAUGGCUCUUUUCCACAGCAGUCUGCGGCUGGUUUAUCCCUCCCUAUCGAUUCCACACCCCCUGCACAGUUAGGCACGAGAGACCUGUUGAGUGAAUCACCAUCGUCGCUAUAUAAUGAGGAGACUCAAGGGCACCGCGCCCCAGGCGCCUUAGACGAGCACGAACAUCCGCAGGUCGAAAAAUCCGGCGUAAGGUCAACAACGCACGGCUCAUCUCAAUGUGAUGAAAAUAAAUUUGAAGCCGCCCUUCGAGAAAUUGAGGAGAUGGAAUCAUCCCUGCGCCAUUCGCCCCAUGUUCUUCCAGGAUCCCCCGAUCGUAUGAACGACCCCCAAGCCUCUAUAAGCUCUCCAGUUGGAGAAACCGACAAAGGACUGGAAAGAGCAGACCUCGACGAAGCUGGCUCCUCAACCAGUCAACCAAACAGGCAGAUCUCCGACCGCGACGAUGUUGACGGAAGGAAUCACGACAUAUCACAUGGGGUUUUCCAUCAUGUUACUUCGGUUAGCAAUAUCCAGGAACAUCGUCAUGAGGUGGAAACAACAGAUACCGACGAAGACACACAUCGAGAUAGCCCAGAUACCUCCAUUCGUUAUGACAACCCUCUCCCAGUCUCAGAGAACCCCAUAGGUGGUCCGAGAUCGGACCUAGGCGAUUCAUAUUCCACCACCCAAACAAGCAUCCUCGGUUUACCAACGACGUCAGUGGUAGCAGGGAGAAGCGUGGCUCCAUGUGAUUGGACGCCAGAUGGAAAUUAUUCUGCUGGUCAAACUCCCAGAAAUUGCCAAGGCACACGGUAUAUAUCGAAACUGACAACCGUUGAAGAUGGCACUGAUGAAGACAAAUGCAGUGAUACUGCGGAGUCAUUCAUCAUUGAUGAUAAAUUCGGGGAUUCAGACAUCGAGGCCGUCUUGGACGACGCACAUAAAUUACUGGAGGACACUUCUACCGAUCGCGAGGGCUACCCUCGUGGGACAGAUGUAUCUCAAGUGCCGCUUACACCCGCGAGCCUCCAAGCCAACUGCAAGCGAAAGCUUUCAUCUGCCGUUGAUUCUGAAACUGACCAUUCCUCGAGGAACCUUAGGCCUCGUCUUGAGGAUGAGAAUGGUCAAUUUUCUUCGAAACCUCUGUCAAUGGUUGAAGAUGCCGCCAACUAUGAUGAAUGUGAGGAACCCGAAGACUUAUCUGCCGAUGAUGAUAGUCUCGGGGAUACGGAGACACAAUCCACCUCGAAACAUACACAUUGGCCUGGGCAGAAUACACUCAGACUUGAAUUUAUUUCAGAGAAUCCCGCAAAGGACAUUGAAGCGUUGAUCCAAGCUGCCGACGUUGAUGAAGAUGAUCACAUCAGAGAAAGUUCUCGCAGGAUUUCCAUUUCUGCAGGUUCUGGUCGGUCUUCCGAAUCUAUGUCGAGGUCUGUCGAGUAUUCUAGCAACAUUGAUAGUGAUACAGGAAGUAGUCGCAAACGCAGACACGCUGCCGUUUCCCUUGAGGAAGACGAUGCGUCGCGGUACAGCCCGAUUCUUUCCCCAAGAGCCGUUUCUGAUGAUGGUCAAACAGAGGCAGCAGCUCAACCUCCAUUAGCACCCACAGAGGACGUCAGAGAAGAGAUGGAUGCUCGGAGCCUGUUUUCUCAAUGCACUUCUAGGCUGGAAAGUCCUUCAUCUGGGAAAUUUGAGGAAUCUGAACAGUCUGAUGAAGAAAUUGAAGGAUGUGAAUCGAGCAAGUCCGAUAUCUUGCAAUCAUUAUUUUCCCGAUUUACUUCGCAACAGCUGUCCGAAGUUCAGCGCAUUGGCGAUCGCCUUCAUUCGAUCGAUCUCGCUGCCUUGCUAGGAAAAUACUCUUCCACCUGGAAGGUAUCUGGUUUCUGGGACGGCCCUUCCUGGAAUCACUCAAGCUCCUCGAAUGCGGCUCAAAUGCCUAAUCCUGCCGAUUUUAUGACCUAUAUGAUGCGCAUGCACAAAGAGAAGGAUAUUUAUGAUGUAAAGAUACGUCUUGGUCGAUGUUCUCUGUUUCUGUUGUUUAUCAAAGAAAUAGAGCGUGAACGACAACGGGGCACAGCGGAGACUGCUGUGAAGAGAAAUGCCGUCAGCACGCUGUGUGACUCGAGAGGCAUGACAACGGCCGAGAAAAGAACGCUCCACAAAACAUUCCACAAUGACAAGAAAAUCGGUGAGUAUUGGUGGUGGUGUGUGUACUACUUCGGCCCCAGCUUCCUCAUUCGGUGCAGUAAAGAAGCUGGCAAAAAAAUGGGGGACUCCCCUGCCGCGAAGCCUUAUCCAGCCCUCGACGAGGCUGUGGUUCAUCUGCUGAUAACGGGCACGUUCUCCGAAGAGUUCUCACGACAGAACGUCAAAGAGUGGGAGAAGUCCCCGGCCGCAGAAUCAGCUACGCUUAAGAGGUGGCGACCUUUUAGUACUGAAGUGGUCACUGAGGAGGCUCUUGCAGACCUAAAAGAAUGGCAGGCUAACCCCGCAAAUCGCUUGCUAAAAUUUGAGUCUUAA